AUGCCUCGCGAAGUCUCCGACAUCAAGCAGUUCAUCGAGAUCUGCCGCCGCAAGGAUGCCUCCUGUACGUACCGGACCCGAGAACGAAAGCACCACACCAGAACAGAACUGACAGCAUGACCAGCCGCGCGCAUAAAGAAGAACGCAGCAACCAACCAGACCAAGUUCAAGGUCCGCUGCCACCGCUACCUGUACACCCUCGUCCUCAAGGACUCCGACAAGGCCGACAAGCUCCGCCAGUCCCUCCCACCAGGUACCACUUUCCAAUCACAUCACCGUCACCACCCCUUCCAAACGACUCACUAACUCCUACUCUCCAGGCCUCUCCAUCACCACCGCCCCCAAGAAGAACGCCAAGGGCAAGCGCGUCGCCAAGGCCUAG